AUGGAUUUGCACAGGCGUGUGCCACCGGAGAAGUGGUGUAUCACCCGUGCAGAAUUCCAAGCUUUCGUGCGGGAUGUACGGCGCCUCUGGCGUCAGGGCAGAAUACCGGACAGCGCAGAAGAGCAGACCUCGCUCCGAGAGAGCGACGGACCCAAUCUGUACCAGGUCAAUGAGCAUUAUGUCAAGCCGUUGACGCUGGCGGCCGGUGGCAUGAGCUACGCACUGAUGAAGCAUCCCGAAGGCUUGCUUUGCCAGGUCUUCAUUUCCCACGCUUGGGCAGAGUGCCUUUUCGAGCUCGGUGACCUUGCACUUCGGACCUGGCCUCGGCUGCAGGGCCUCCGAAAUAUGUAUUGCUGCCUGCUGGCAAACCCACAAAACCUGGAUAUCUCAGCUUUGCUCAGCGGUCCCCCGGAGGAGAGCCCCUUCGCCAGGGCCAUUCAGACGGCCUCGCACGUCCUGGUCAUACCAAACGACACGGUCAGUAUCUACACGCGCCUGUGGUGUGUCUAUGAAGCCUACCUGGGCACUUGCUGGCACAAGACCUGCAUCAUGCCGGCGCGGCCGAAGAGGUCGGCGCAGUGCAAGUCGGCGAUUCGCACGAUCCUCGUGCCAAGCAUCAUCGGGCUGGUGCUAGGUUUGACGUGGCUGUUGCUGAUUUAUCACCAUUGUUGCAGAACCUGCUCGCGUUGCUUCGUGGAUCCUGUCCUCAGUGCUUGCGUGGGGCUGACACUGCUUUGCUUCAUAGGGUCGCUACUCAUGGAAUUUGCUCCCAGACCUCUUCGAAUGUGGGUCAAAUGCGUGCUGAUCCGCAUCGUACACAUCCUGGUUAUUUGCGUUUGUGCGGCAGUGGCUAUCCCCUAUUCCGUUCUGCUGGAAUGGAAGAACAGCGUGUGGAAUCACGUCUUCGAGCGGUUAAUUCCAAUCGCACUCUGCCUCUUCAACGUUUGGCGUGCGGCGCAGCUUAGCCUACACAGAUUGGAGGAUGUGGAGCUGCGCAGGCAAGCCAGCCUGCUGGCCAUUCAGACGCUGGAGGAUGCUACCUGCUCCGAUCCACACGACGAAGCCCAGAUCCGUCAGGCCAUACAAGGCUUCGAGGCCGAAGUGGACGUGACGAUUCGUGUAUUGAUGCAAAGUGGUGCCUACAAUGAUGCGCUCCGUGAAGCUUACGAGCAAGGCGAGGACAUCAGCGGCGAAGGGAACAGUGAUCUCAUUGUAAAGACGGGCCUCGUGUCCUUGAUCUGGCUGCUUUCCACGUUGGAUUCCGCUGGCUUCCUAGACUCCUAUUUGGUCUGCCUCGGGCCGCGUUACGAGCAGGGGACGAGCGGACUGCUCCUGCUGAGCCCCUGUGCCCAAGGUGUCUUUUAUAGGGUCUUACGAUUGCCUUACGGGUUCACUAUUGGGUUUAUAUAG